GUCCACUUUAGAAUAUUAUAUUCAACUAUUAUACUGUCGUAUAAAGUGUAAAAUAAAGUUUAUAAACAUAAAGUUUAAGAUAUCUUUAUGCUCCUUAUUUAUUUAUUUUGCAAAUAAGUUGCGGUAUUUAAAGUUUAGAAUAUUGUUUAUAAUUUCUCGUAAGUGUGUUAGCCUUGGACUGCACCUCGCCUUGAAUACUGAGAUUCGUGGACCCAUAAUGGAUGGCGUCAGAGCUAACACGGAAUUCCGUGCAAAAGUUGACCCAAUGAAUAUGGGCAAAACAUAAAUCAAAAUGUACAACACCAUAAAAUGGAGACACCAAUAUGCACAACGAAUUCAACUUAUACAGAUUAUAAUCGAACAUUGAACGACACAAAUUUUACAUUAUAUGGAUUUGACUUUGACAGGAAUGACAGUACCACUUCAAAUUCGACGGAAUCUGUUUAUAAUCUAUGGGCACUGUCACUCAUAGUGUUUCCCCUUCUGACUCUGUUUGGAAAUGUGCUGGUGAUUUUAAGUGUGGCUAGGGAAAAGAGUUUACAAACUGCUACAAAUUACUUUAUCGUCAGUUUGGCGGUAGCCGAUUUGCUCGUGGCGGUGGUUGUGAUGCCUUUUGGAGUUUAUUAUUUGGUGAAUGGAAUAUGGGGUCUACCAUCCGUGGUAUGUGACUGCUACAUCGCCAUGGAUGUCACCUGUUCCACAUCCAGCAUCUUCAAUCUUGUCGCCAUCUCAGUUGACAGAUAUAUAGCAGUCACGCAACCAAUAAAAUACGCAAAACAUAAAAGCAACCUUCGCGUGUGGCUGAUGAUCGGUGUCGCCUGGCUGGUGUCUGCUGCUAUUGGCUCACCCGUGGUCUUGGGUCUCAACAACACACCAGAUCGCAGUGAACACCAAUGCCUUUUCAACAGUACGGACUAUGUGAUUUUCUCGUCACUGGGAUCCUUCUACAUACCGUGCAUCAUUAUGAUGUUCCUGUAUUAUAGGAUUUUUAAGGCGAUACGACAGCGCGCAAAGAAGCAACGCGUAGCUAAAACGACUUCGACAGUCAGUUCGGCCGUGUCAACAGGCGCAACGGCUGUCAUAAUUGAGAACGUUGCGCAUGCGCAUCGGUUUAAUAUACCAGAAGACAGAGCGACCAAUACAGCCUCCGGUAGCAAUGACGAUGAUGAUGAUAACUACGAUAAAACAGAGAUGGGUGAAUAUGUAGAAGAGUUGGCGAGAACGAGGUCGGCGCGGUUCAUGCUAGCCGCUGUCGUCGAAGAGACUGGCCUAAUAAUGGCCAAUCUAGCAUCACCAAUACCAAUGAUAGAUCCCAACACAAAUAACGACUCUGGCUAUGUUCCCUCCAAUAUGGACUUGGAGAAGGAACAUUCACCCCCUCCUUCACCCCACCGUGAAGAGAAGAAAGAAGAAAGGAGAAAUGAUUUACCUAAGAAACCUGAGUUGAAAAAAAAGUUGAGCCGGAUAAGCAACAGCUCGUUAAUAUCAACUCCGCGUCGAAGGUUCAGAAGUGCAGCGUCUGCAGCAAGAUUUACCAUCUUCAAAGCGAACAGGGCUGGAAAAAUGAGGGCCAAAUCCUUCGCCAAGAAAGAGAAGAAAGCUACUCAGACACUGGCAAUUGUAUUAGGGGUAUUCCUCUUCUGCUGGGCCCCAUUCUUUACCUGCUCAGUUCUGGAUGCUCUCUGCACCAAGUUCGGAUGGAGCUGCUCACCGGGUGUCACCGCCUUCAUCCUAACAACUUGGCUUGGAUACAUCAAUUCCUUCCUCAAUCCAGUGAUUUAUACAAUCUUUAAUCCAGAAUUUCGUAAGGCGUUUAGGAAAAUUCUGUAUUGUUCUUAAAGCAUGUAGUAGAGAAUUAAAUCUCAUUUUAUUUAAGUAGCGGGCUGAUAACGUCGUAGGCUAACAUAGAAAAACUCCUUGAUUAUUUAAUAAAUGCCGAGAGCGACACAACGAUUAAAGCGGUAAUAAAAAAAAUUGAUACCAUUUUUAUAGUACGAUUUGUCUUUAGCCUUAAUAUAGGCUUCAGUUUCGGCCAUUUCAUCACCGCAAAAUGUUUGUCCAGCUAGCAUUCUCUUGAGAUCUGAGAAACAGGAAAAAUCGCUAGGGGCCAAAUCUGGAGAAUACGGUGGUUGCGGAAGCAAUAUUCGAAGCCCAAUUUAUGGAAUUUUGCCUUGUGCCUUGUCUUGAUGUAACAGAACUAUCUUCUACUUCAAAUGGGGCGGUUUCUCUGCGAUGAUGUCCUUCAAACGCUUGUUGAUGAAUUUUCCCUUUUUUGGAUAAUCGAUAAAUGAUUAUACCAUGCGCACCCCAAAAUAUUUAUCCUAUCACCUUGCCAGCCUUUGGCGUCUUUCCAAGAUUUGGAGUCGAUACAUCACGAACAGUCGGCUGACUGUCGAUUGGACUCGGUGUGAAAUUAUGUUGACCUGUUUUAUCCAUUGUCACAUUCACUUCUUCAGACAGCUUCAAACACUGCUCAGAAUCAUCAAUUCGUUAUUGUUUUUUGGUAACACACGAAAUUCCUUUUUAUAUUUUUUUUUAAACAUUCCUUCCCUUAAAAUACUACCCACUAACUCUCACAAACUAAUAGUACGACAGUGAACUUUAUACAUGUGUCUCUUGAACGUAAGGACUAACUAAAAAUCAAUCCAUUUAAUACUAGUAGCGCCAUCUAUGUGUCAGCCUACGAACUAUUCAGCCCACGUAAUAUAUUUAAUUCGAUAAACGUAAAAUUAUAACAGAAGAGUAUUUUACUAUUGUGAUAAAUGUGAAAAUAGAUGAAUGGGAUAGUGACUCUUACGUAUUGGAGCUGAAUGUAAUUGCCGUACCUAUUAAUAGUUUCACGUACUUAAUGACUCGAGCUUUACAUUAUGUACACUUUUAAUACUUGUCACGGGAACACUUCAAACUUGGGAAAAAACUACUAACUACUUAUUUACCUGUAAUAGUAAUUUUCCCAAUAUUUUAAUUUUAUUUUAAUAGAAUUUAACUAAUAUUGAGGCUCAAAAGUUUUAAAAAGGGAAGUUACGCCUGGCGUAUCAGGAUUGUUUCCCGGUUGAAACACAGGUUGUAGCUUUAGGUUAAAAAUGAUCUAGUUGAUUUUGAGGAGCCUACACCUAGCCUACACAGCUAGCUUCAAAAAAUUCCUGACUCAACUUAUCUUCUUCUAGUUUAUUCUAAAUUAGUAUUGGCACCAAGAAACAUAUUUCCUUCUCCAGUAAAUCAAAAAAAAUUGUAAAAAUGAGUGUCUAUUUUAAUACUGGAAACUGUAAAUAUGUAAAAAAUAUUGAUUGGUGUAAAAACUGUUGUAGUAAUUGUCUGUGUAAUAGAGAUUAUGAUAUCGCUUAACCACCUAAUAUACUUAGUAGGGCUACCACAGACAAGCAGAUCUAAUGAGAUCUAAGGUUGUGCUAACAUUUGUGUAUGCGAUGUUACAUAUAAAAUAAACCAAUUGAAUAACCACGGCGUUACGUUAAAUAAACUUUAAUCUGCUCUGUGUUAGCCUUAACUUCCUUCCCGCGGUUGUGAAACAAUUUAAUUAAUUAGACUUAAUAAGAUUUGUAAUUGAAUGUAUACGAUUUCUAUUAAUGUUGUAAAAGAUCAACAAAUUAUUUCUAUGUAAACACAAUCAUGAUUCAAACUAAAACAGUUAAUAUUUGUUUUUAAUAUAUUAUAUACAGAGUUAUUGGUAACGACGUAUUCCCGUUAGGAGGUGCUGUGAUAAUUUUAACCCAUAUGUGUAUUACAAAAGUGAACGUUUGAGUUACGUUUUUAAGCUUUUUUCAAAAUAAGGCAAAACGCAAUAUCAAAAAUUUAUUCUUAAAACAGCAUCAAUUUAAAUUUAAUUUAUCAGUAAUAAAACAACAAUUAUCGGUCGUAAUUUAAAAAUUCUAGAAAAGUAAAACGAUGUUGUUAUCAACAAUAUUUUUUGAGAUUUUUCACCAAAAUGCCUUAAAACACUUUAAGGGAAUAAUAGGGUCGAAUUACCAAUAACCCUGAAUAUUUAAAACUAACUGGUACACAUGAAAGUAUUCUUUAUUGAAUUUAACCAAAAAAUUUAAGUUUGUCUUUUAUUUAAUUUUAAGAUAAAAUAAAACUUAAUUGUUAAGUAAAUGUACAAAAUUGUAAAUAACACUUUUUGUAAAUAAUACAUAUACUUAAAUAAAUUAAAUGUGUAUUUGGUGUCGAGUAAAGAAACGUGAACUUU